AUGGAUUUGGACGAUUUCACAGGAGAAUCAUGUGGUCAGGGUAAAAAUCCAUUAAUAACAACGGCUAAAGAUAUUGUAAACGGUGGAGGUCCGUCUUCAAGACCAUCAACUACACGCCCAAGUACUACUACACCACCAGAUCAGACUUUAACUGCAAAAUCAUAUUGUUUAAAUUCUAAAGAAAAACAAAUUUAUGCAAAUAUUUCUACGGCGUGUAAGAGUUAUUAUGAGUGUUUGACAACACCAGCGGGAAAACAGAUUACAGUAACACGAAAAUGUCCAUCCAAUCUAUUAUACUCAGAAGAUGAAAAAAAAUGUGUUAAGGAAAAACAUGUAAAAUGUUCAACGAAAUUUGCAAUUCCUGUUGCAUCAAGUAGUUCUGACUGUCCAUGGGGAGUCGAUUAUGCUACAGAAGGUGGUUCAAUGUGUAAGUUAAAUAUUUGUAAUUUGAUUGAUCAGUUAAAAUAUAAUCCAAGUAUAAUUGGGUCAGAUUAUUCAGAAAGAACAAGAAGAAAAGGAAUCAUCAAAAUGAGAAUAUUUUUUGUUAGUAACUUGAACUCAAUUUUUAUUGCACUUAUUACAUUUGUUUUAAUCGUUAAUUCAAUAUCAUAUCCAUUUCGAACAUGGGAUUUUAAUCCAGAACAGAGUGAAUUAGAUCAAUACUUUGACAAUGAUCCAAAUCAAAUAUCCAAGCCAAGUUUUGAAGAUGAUUUAUUAAAUUUUCCUGAUGGAGAUUCGGGCUCGUUAGAGUUGAAGCGACGAUUUUGUUGUAUGUCUAGUCAUCAUGGUAAACGACAAUCAAGAAGAUCAGAAAAAUCUUCGAGAGAUAAUAUGUUUAUUAUCUAA